GUUUUAGCCUCUCAGACGGCGGUCGUGCUGCUGCGGUACACGCGAAGCUUGCACCUUUGUUUCAUCCAGUGCGUGACAUUCGACCAGUGUGCAGCGGCGGCGGCGACAGCCGAUCUCGGCUUUCCCACAUAGAUCGUCGGCGCUGUGCUUUCGGUGCGCGCCGCUUUCGCGAGCAAGCCUGCUACAACGAGUUGUGAAAGCAAGUGCGCCCCGUGUGUGUGUGCCACGGGCUCCGGCCAGCAGCCCGCGUCGCUGCCUUGGGACACGAUGCUGGGCGGUCGAUCGCCGCAACGCCACCGAGCCAGGCACUAAACUGUCCGCCGCCGCGUGCUGUUGCUUGGCGCGCUAGCGUGCCGCCCUUUCACGCCCUGCGCCAGUGGACUUCGGCCGCCGUCUGCUGCUGCUGCUGCUGCACAGCCCGAAGCCGUGUGCAGCGGUCUCGCCAUGAAGAAGCUCGCCAAGGCGCCCUCGUCGCGGUCACUGCCGCGCGCGGACGGCAUCUUCUCGAAGAUGCGCCGCCUCCGCAGCCACACGCUUCCCUCGCGGCUCACCCAGGUGGCAACGACCAAGCGAGUUGCCAUUGCGCUUCCUCAUGCGGACUCCCUCUGUGAUAAGAUAGACAUCGAGGAUUUGGGUGAAGAUGAAAACAUGCUGUUUGUAAAGUUUUUCAAGUAUUACCGCUGCUACGAUCUCAUUCCUGUCAGUGCCAAACUUGUUGUUUUCGACACGGAACUGCUGGUAAAGAAAGCCUUCUUUGCCCUUGUGAGCAAUGGUGUGAGAGCAGCUCCUCUCUGGGACAGCGCCAAGCAGGAGUUUAUUGGGAUGCUGACUAUCACUGACUUUAUAUACAUUCUGAGGAACUACUACAAGUCUCCUUUGGUGCGAAUGGAUGAACUGGAGGAACAGAAGAUCAAAGCAUGGAGAAAAGUCCUCAAUGACACCUCAAGACCAUUGGUGCACAUUGGACCUGAUGCAAGCUUGUGCGAUGCCAUCACAACACUUAUUCACAACAAGGUGCACCGAUUGCCUGUCAUUGACCCGCAAACGGGUAACGUACUCUACGUGCUGACACACAAGAGGAUCCUGCGUUUUCUCUUCCUUUAUUACUAUGAGUUGCCUCAUCCCAGCUAUCUGGAUCAGACACUUCGGGAGCUGAAGAUUGGGACUUAUGAAAAUAUUGCCACGACAAAGCCUAGCACACCACUGAUUGUGGCGCUAAAUCAGUUCAUCAAAAGAAGAGUGUCAGCAUUGCCAGUGGUUGAUGAUCGGGGAAAAGUAGUUGACAUCUAUGCCAAGUUUGAUGUCAUUGUAAGUAAUGGCCCUCUAUGAAGCUUUUGAAUUGCCAAGCUAUCAUCUAGAGAGC